AUGCCGAAGGUGGAGACAACAAGUUGGGCUAAUGGCGUUAGCUAUUCUGCCAUGUCUUCACUAUCAGCAAAGAACAAUGAUAAGGGUGACUCCACAAAAGUGGAUGAUGUGGAAAACCAAGAAAAAGAGGGAACAAAAGGAAUGGACAGAAAACCAUCUGAGAUUUAUGCACCAAUGAAGCAAACACCAUCAAAGACCUCUGUGCUUGUUAAUUUUCUCCCCAGUGGAACUCUCUUGAUCUUCAACAUGCUUAUUGCACCAAUAUCUGAAAAUGGAAAAUGUGAUACGGUGAACUUUACAAUGAUGAACAUACUCAUAGCUCUCUGUGUUAUCUCCUGCUUCUUUUUUCAACUUGUAGAUAGUUAUCAAGAUGGCAAGAAAGUAUACCAUGGAAUUGUGACUAAAAAAGGGUUGCUAUUAUUCAACUCUGAUCUUGAGAAAAGAUAUAAAGAGGGAAAAGAGUACACCCUAAAGGCCACAGAUUUGAUCCAUGCAAUCAUGUCUGCUUUUGUAUUUGCAGUGUUUGCAUUAUCUGAUAAGCGUGUAAGGGAUUGUUUGUUACCUGCACAUGAAGCUGUAAUGGCUGAAGUGAUGAAGACUUUGCCUCUAAUUGUGAGUAUUGCUUGUAGUGGCCUGGUUCUCAUCUUUCCUGACACUCGCUUCGGUGUAGGGAUGCUUGGGUGA